UAGAAGAAACGUAUUCAGUUACAGCCAAGUGAGAGGUGGCCGAUCCAAUUUUAAUGGAUCCAUUAUGUAACUUCUCAACUCCGGGAGGGAUACAGAGGGAAAGCAAAAGAGAUCAAAAAAAUAAAAUGGCCGGGAUUUUUCAGCGGGAUUUUUCCAACUACUGUAAAUCCUAUAAAUGGAGCCGUAUUAUCAUCCAAAUUUGUUCGCCAAAUUCUAUAUAAAACCGAAAGUAUCGCGUCAUAGAUUUCAUAGAUUUUUCAUUAAUUCUAUUGAUUUUUAUUCAAAACCCUAACUUUUUUUUCUUCCUUCAGCUUUUGGUUUGUAGAUUUUUGAUAGGUUUGUAAUUCUCUGAUUGUUUUGAAACAGUCAGAUUUGUAAUUUUCUGAAUUUUUUUUGAAACAGUAAAAGCGAUUGUAUGUUUAGGUAUCUGAGUGAUAUCAUGAUGUUAUUUCUUUGUUGAUUAGGUUGAAUUUCGAUCUCUGUUACUAGGUUGAAUAUUAUGUUUAGGAUUUCUCUGAUGGUUUUCUAUGAUUUGAUUAAGGUUUAUAUGAUUUGUGGAGGAUUAUUUUUUUUGGAAAUUGUAAAUCCAUUUGGUGUCUUAAACCUGAGUGUUUGAAGCUUAUGGUCUGUUGAUAUGACUGAAUUCAAUUUUAUGUUAUUAGUGAACUUGGAUCUGUUAUGAGAAACCUAAUUAAGGGUUUUUUUUAUCAGUUUCAAUGGUUUUCAAUUUGUUAUUUGCAGAUUUUAUUUUAUUUUCAAAUUAUUGGGUUUUAUGAUAUGCAAAUGUUAUUUUUUUGUCCAAUUGGGUUUCAUAAUCAUUUCGUUGUUUGCUGCUUCAUUCAUGUUUUUAAUUUUUAAAGAUUAUUAGUCUUCUUUGGGUAUCUUUUGAUCUGUUAGAUUGAUCACUUUUCCUUCACAUAAAAUUGAAAUGGGAAUGGACUUAUGCAGUUAUAGAAGCUUUUACUGAUCUGAUUCAACAUUACUUUUUUUAGUCCUUUUCCUAUAUUGAUUGUGAUGUAUGUAUGGUUUUAAUGAUCUCAUCAUAGUUAUAUUUAUUUUAUGGGUUCUUAUAUUGAAUUUUAUGUUAAUAUCUAUGUUCGGUGUAUCCUACUGCCCCUAUGGAUCAUAUGGCUGCUUCAAACAUCGAAGGACUAAGACUAGGAGAUCCCAUUGUACAGGGACAACUACUUAGAAUACGACUGCAGGAACGAGUGGCUCAGAACGGAAGGAUGCCAAUUGUCAUUGAUGAACAAUCUGGUGUACUUGUAGGAGAACAUGGAUCUCAUUUGUCCGGUGAAUGUGAUACGAUUCUUCAUGCUUUUGCUCCUUUGGGAUACAAGUCAUGGACAAAAAUUCCUCUCCAAGAUAAGGAGACGUUUAUCGAACAAUUAAAGGAUAAUUUCAUACUAGACACCUCCGUACCAUCUGUUAAGAGAUGCCUGAAUUAUCGUAUGUCAAAGGGAUAUGCCAGCUUUAAGCAGGAGAUGCUGAUGCAUUUUAGAAACCAUGCAACUAUUGAAGAAGCACGUGGCAAUCCUUUUGGAACAUCUUACCAGCAAAUUGGUCAAGUUUGUGUGACAUCUUUGCUAUGGAGAGUACAGAGAAUAUUAAGAUCAAAUUCAACUGAGGAGGAAGUGCAAGGAACUGAGAAUGUUGGGAGAAAUGAUAGAGAUGUUGAGAACAUGACAAUCAAGGAAUUUAGGCAAAUAUUAAUAGCAGAACGUCAAAGACAGAAGGAAGAGCGUGAAAAUUUGAUACGUCAGAAUGAAGGAUUAAGAUAG